AUGGGGCGUGAAUUUAUCGUGCUUGAUGACAUUUGGAUUUCAAGCAAAAAUAGUGAAAAGUCGCUGUUGAACAUCACGCAGUUACUUCCACUCAUCCUUGAUUGUUUUCAGGCGGAAUCUGAUCUCGCAAAAUUUAACUACGCAUUCAAAAUUACUCUUCAAGCAUUUUUAUGGCCUACAGUGGUGAUCGGUGUAAUGGGAAAUUUGGCAGUCUUGAUUCGCAUAUUCGCGGGCUAUACGAGCAAGCCUUCCAACCACUCAAACGUUCCCCUGAAGACGUUCUAUUUGUUCUCGCUUGUGUCGUUCGCCGUAUCGGAUCUGCUGUUCCUCGUGAGCUCCGGCACCAAUGCGCUCGCGACGAUAAGCCGCGACAAAGUCGGUCUCUGGAACUUGCCGAGUUGGACGUGCAGUGUCUUGCCUUACUUGCAGACGGUCGCCGUCAUAUCGGGUUCCAUUACUCUGACAGGAAUCGCAGUCGAUCGGUACAAAGCUCUGGAGAUAAACCCCGCUUGGAGUCAAGGUCUAUCGUGGCCAUGCGUAACGCUCUACAAUUUAUUCCUCUGGCUGCUCGCUUUCGGCGUUUCGUAUCCUAUUUUAGGAAUGUACACUAUUCGAACCUUCAAGUACAGAGGCGAACACGGAUGUGUCGAGGGGUUUCAAUGCGGCCUCGAAAGCGACAUCCACGUCCAUUACAAUGCUGCACUCGUGUAUUCAAUUAUUUUCGCUGUAAUAUUCAUGCCGCUCAUAAUCGUUUUCAUCACGGUGCACGUGCUCUUAGCUUCAAACAUUUUGCGAUUCAGGCUUCACUCCAGCGAAAUGCAUCAAUCGUCUGGAAAUAAUUCACAACCGGCCGCUGCAGAAAAUUCAACAGGUCCAACGGAAGCAAAAAAUAAUCCAUCGCGGCUCCCACCAAAUGAGCCCUUAAAUAUGACUAAACGAAAACGAAGGAUAAUAAAAAUCAUUUCCGUCUUGAUAAUCGUUUAUAUCGUUGGAAAACUUCCAAGCUGGAUACUUCUCAUGUGUAAACUACGUAUAAGCUUAAAAGGAAUGUUUUGGGUAUAUGUUCAGCAGAUAUUUUCAAGUUUGAUGUUGUUAAAUGCAGCACUCAAUCCUUUUCUGUACGCCUUUUUGACUGAAACUUUGUCGGUUAUUGAUGUUUUAAAAAAAGUUCGUUGUUGCAAAAAGAAUGAUCCAGUGUAUUCGAUACCCAAUUGUUGA